AUGGACUCCAAACGCAGACUUGGAAAAUACAGAGUGGAGAGGGAAGUGCUGGACGAGCAGAGACUGGAAGAGGUAACACAGAGAAAAACAUACUCUGACAGCCAAUGUACUGUAACUGAGCGCCUGAAAAAUUCAGUCAGAUGUACCGUACCCAAACUGAAGCGGACGUUAAUGAGCAGCUUUCCUGUGUUAUACUGGCUGCCUAAGUACUCAGUGUGGGACUAUGGGAUGCCAGACCUGGUCUCCGGAAUUAGUGUUGGUAUAAUGCACCUGCCUCAAGGCAUGGCAUAUUCAUUGUUGGCUUCACUACCUCCUGUAUUUGGACUCUACACAUCCCUCUAUCCGGCAUUGAUCUACUUUUUCUUUGGGACGUCACGUCAUAUUUCAAUUGGUACUUUUACUGUGUUGAGUAUCAUGGUUGGGAGUGUGACAGAGAGGCUUGCUCCAGAUGGGGACUUCCUCAAAAGCAAUGGGACUAACAUCACCACAGAGGUGGAUAUUUCUGCACGGGAUGCGUACAGGGUCCAGGUGGCUGCUGCCACGACUGUUCUCGGAGGACUUAUUCAGGUACUCCUGGGUGUGGUAAAGUUUGGAUUUGUGGGAACAUACCUGUCUGAACCUCUUGUGCGGGCCUACACGACGGCAGCCGCCGUCCAUGCUGUGGGGGGGCAACUGAAGUACAUCUUUGGAGUUUCAGCGCCACGCUUUAGUGGUCCCCUGUCACUGGUGUAUACUCUGAAGGAAGUUUUUUCACAGCUGCCACACACUCAUCUUCCCACACUGGCGGUCAGCGCUGUGACUGUGGUUCUGUUGACUGCAGCCAAGGAACUCAACUCAGUCCUCGGGUCAAAGCUCCCAGUGCCUGUCCCAAUGGAGCUAAUCACUAUUGUGGCAGGUACAUUGAUAUCAUACUACGCACAUUUGAACGGCAACUACAGCAUUGAAGUUGUUGGAGAAAUUCCUAGUGGUUUAAGUUCUCCCACUGCACCGGAUGUGAGCAUUUUUGGUGAAGUUAUUGGAGAUGCUUUUGCACUGGCAAUUGUUGGCUACGCUAUAUCUAUUUCUCUCGGCAAAACGUUUGCACUGAAGCACGGAUACAAAGUGGACAGCAACCAGGAGCUUGUGGCAUUGGGUCUCAGCAAUGCAGUGGGAGGCUUUUUUCAGUGCUUCGCUGUCUGCCCCUCCAUGUCCCGAAGUCUAAUCCAAGAGACAACCGGAGGCAAAACACAAAUGGCGGGAGUGGCUUCAGCUCUAAUUGUGUUGGUGACAAUACUGAAACUGGGAACACUUUUCCAGGAGCUGCCAAAGGCUGUCCUUGCAGCGAUUGUUUUUGUGAAUCUGAAGGGCAUGUUCAAGCAGUACUCCGACAUUAUCACCCUGUGGAGGAGCAGCAAGAUCGAUCUGGUGGUGUGGCUGGUCACAUGGGUAUCAACACUGCUCCUCAAUCUGGAUCUGGGUCUGGCCGCAUCCAUCACCUUUGCUCUGUUCACAGUUAUCUUCAGAGCUCAGCUGCCCACAUACUCCGUCUUAGGAAAUGUUCCCGGUACAGAACUGUAUGUCGAUAUGGAGACGCACAGAGAGGUGAAGGAGAUCCCAGGCGUCACUAUAUUCCGCUCCUCUUCUACAGUUUACUUUGCUAAUGCAGAACUCUACCUCGAGGCCCUGAAAGAAAAGAGUGGACUCGACAUCAGUAAAAUGAUUAUUUAUAAAAGGAGGCAGGAGGCCAAGCAGAAGCGCAGACAAAGGAGAGCUGAGAGACGGGCGAAGAGACAAGCUAAGAGAGAGAGACGUGCACAAAGGGAAGCUAUGAAGCUGUCUGGUCUGCCGGAGUUCUCUGUGGAGGGAGAGGCCGGCUGCUGGAGGGACAGACUGGGAGACGGGACUGAUACAGAGGAGGAAGAGCAGGAGGAGCGGGGCUGGACUGAACGGGAAAAUGGUACUGUGUUCGUCAUCCCCACCACCCCCAGGACGCCAGAUGGUCAGGCCAGAUGGGAGUACCUGAAAGGUGGGGAUCCAGAUUGCACUAGUUUGGGUUGGAUGUCAGAGCUGCAGGACGAGGACACCACCACUCUUGGCUCCAGCAGCGAGGACACCCUGAGCCGAGACCUGGAGCGAGUCUCUCUUGGGUCUUUAGGAAAGUGGACCUGGGAUAUUCACUCCAUCAUCCUUGACCUCUCCACGGCUAACUUUAUAGACACUGUGGCUAUCAAGACCAUGAAAAAUAUUUUCCUGGAUUUCAGUGAGAUUGAUGUGGACAUCUACAUAGCUGGUUGUCAAGCUUCUGUUGUGGAGCAGUUGGAGCGUGGUGGUUUCUUCUCGGAGACAAUCACAAAGAGACAGCUCUUUGCUUCUGUUCAUGACGCCGUGCUCUACUGUCUGAACCACCGUGGAGCGACAGCUUUCCCCAGAUAUGAACCGUCACUGCAAUAA